UUUGUCCACAGGAACCAAGAAAACCAGAGUGCUGAAGUCACGUUCAUUCUCUUGGGCUUCUCAGAAUAUCCAGGACUGCAGGUGCCCCUGUUCCUGUUGUUCCUAACCAUCUACACCAUCACUGUGCUGGGAAACCUGGGCAUGACCGCAAUUAUCAAGAUCAAUCCCAAACUCCACACCCCCAUGUACUUUUUUCUCAGCCACUUAUCCUUUGUGGAUUUCUGUUACUCUACCACAGUGACACCCAAACUAUUAGAAAACUUGGUUGUGGAAGACAGAACCAUCUCCUUCACAGGAUGCAUCAUGCAAUUCUUCUUUGCAUGCAUAUUUGUGAUGACAGAAACGUUCAUGUUAGCGGUGAUGGCGUAUGACCGACUUGUGGCAGUUUGUAACCCUCUUCUCUACACAGUUGUAAUGUCUCAGAAGCUUUGUUCCUUGUUGGUGGGUGCAACAUACUCUUGGGGUACAGUCUGUUCCCUGACCCAUACCUACUUUCUCUUGGAAUUAUCCUUCAGAGGAAAGAAUGCCAUAAAUAACUUUGUCUGUGAGCACGCUGCCAUUGUCUCUAUGUCUUGCUCUGACUCCUACAUUAGCCAGAAGAUCGCUUUAGUCUCUGCCACAUUUAAUGAAAUAAGCAGCCUGAUGAUCAUUCUUACUUCUUAUGUUUUUAUUUUCAUCACUGUCGUGAAGAUGCCUUCAACUGAGGGACGCCACAAAGCCUUCUCCACAUGUGCCUCCCACCUAACAGCCAUUACCAUUUUCCAUGGGACCAUCCUGUUUCUCUACUGUGUUCCUAACUCCCAAAGUUCAUGGCUCAGGGUCAAGGUAGCCUCUGUCCUUUACACAGUGGUCAUCCCCAUGCUGAACCCACUGAUCUACAGCCUCAGGAACAAAGAUGUGAAGGAGACAGUCAGGAAGUCAAUCAAUACCAAAUUAUUAUGUCAUUAAUGUAAGA